UUCCGCCUGCCGCAACAAAGGCAACCGACUGACUGUGAGGAUCGCGUGAUGCGUGAUGCACCGGCUUUAUAGGAGAACUGACCACGUGCUGGCUUCUUCUUCCACUGUUGCAUUGCUCGUUUGCAGGAGGAUGCGGCGAAGUCCUUCCUCAGUAGAACGAGACAGAACGAUAGGUAUCACUAUCUAUACUGUUGAGUGAGGAUUCCAUCCAUGGGUGGUGCAGGAGGUUUCCAUUCAGUCCGGUGAGCUCAGUAGCAGUUUACACCUGACCACGUGCACUUGUGUUUUUGAAUCCGGUCUUCUGGCUGACGCUUCCCAUCCGAGUGACGGGGGAUGAUAGAAGGGGGACAUUUGGGACUGGGUGGUGGUAGCGAGUGAAAUCACGUUUGUUCAAAAAUUCAUUACAACGCUGUUAUUCCCAUGCCGAGCGUGUCGCACGGCAGGUGGAUGUGUGUAAUCGAAGUACCAGCACAUGUGUCCUAAUGAACUUUUUUUUUUCGUGCGAAAAAUUGUAUUCUAUCAAAAGUGCAAAACGGUACAAAAACAGUGCAUAAAUUGCGAAAAAGUUUACCAACAAACUAGCAGUUCCGGUACAUCGUAUUAGUGAGAAUAAGCACACACGGACAAGGUGCCGGUCGGUGGAGCACCUCUCCAAGCUUGGUGCAGCAAAGCGGAAAGAAAGUGAAACCAUUGCACUUGGUGCUACUGUGAGAGUCCUUUUGAAUUUGGCGCUAAAAUUUUGAGACACGACAGGAACUUUGCACGGAAAGCGUCGGCAGUAGUAGAAUAGUAGUACCGAACAAUCUGCCGGCGCGAAGGGAAAAGUUCCAAGUGUAAGACGAACCGGAACAGUCGUCAGUCAGUCGGUGCGCCGGAGGAACGUGAAGUGGGUGGUGCAUGCUUCAAUCAUUCAUUGGUAGUUCAUCGUUUCGCGCGCUGUAACCUUCUGACAUCAUUUAAAGAACUCAGUCGACAAUCAGACAUAAACCGUUGCAACACGCACUGAUUCUUCGGUCCUUGCAGGCCAAGGUAAAUCUGUGAGUGAUAAUUCAAUUGUCACCAUCCAUCAUCACCUGGCGGGAAAAAAGCCGUUAUACGGAGUGUGACACUUGGGGACGCCAUUCGAUAGGAAUAUGCCCCAUGGUGCGUGUCUAACCGCAGUGACUGUCUAGCUGCCGGGAAAUCGCAAGCGGAAUCAAAUAUUAUAAAUGGUGGUGCCGAAGAUAGCUCCUGCGCCCAUACAACCCACCAAAAUGGCUCCACCGGGUCCUCCUCGGGAGCGGAGGAGGAAAACCCACGGCUUGUACUUCCAUUCAUCACCACCCAAAGUAUUACAAAUGAACAAUCAAAACGUGCAACGAGACAAUGAUAGCAGAAUCAAAGAUGGUUUGGUUAUAAAGCCAUCGAACAUUAGAAUAUGGUUGCACCAGAAGCACCUGGCCAAGUUGGCCAAGGUGAUCUGGGCCGGACAGGGAAUGCGUCUUCGAACGGAAACGUCGCAUCAUCCGAAGAUGAAGCGAUUUCUGGAAUGUGUGCCACAUGUUAUGGGUGUCAUCAAGGACAUCCACCAGGCGGUCGUGGAUAACGAUCUGGAUACGCUGAAGGAGAGAACGGUCUCGCCAACGCCGCGGAUCGUUCUGACCAGCAAGGAUGCCAACGGGUUGACUCCGCUGCACAAGGCGGCAGGGUUGGCCCAUACACAGAUCGUGGAAUACAUCCUGUCGAUUUGGCCCAGUUUGUCUUCGGACGAGGAUCACACGGGCAAAACUCCGCUGCACUGGGCGGCCAGUGCGAAGAACAAUGCGCGAAGUUUCAAUCUUCUGGUGCAAGCUGGAGCAGACGAAGCUGCGCUGGACCACCGGGACAAGGCGGCCGAGUACUACAAAAACCGUCCGAACGAGAUCGACCGUUCGCUGUUGACCGUCAUUCCGGAGGCACCGCGAAUAUCACAGCAGGGGUUCCCGGCGUUCUUCGACUGGACCAUGUUCACCCUCGACGAGGAUACCGACGAUAGCAACGGUUCGCAAACGAGAAUGAAACCCUUUUUAUCGCAAAAUAACUUACUAGAUAACGAUGUAAAUAAUUACAAUAGUGUUUCCAAGUCUAAAUCUGUGCACAAUCUCACUAAUGGGACGCUAACCGAUCUCCCGAACGACGAGAGCGAAAGCGAGACCAAGAACAAGGAGGGAUCAGCUGCUGCAGAGGAGCUGGAUGAGGACCCGGAAGCAAAUCAACAGGAAUCGACAGGUGGAGAUGAUGUCGGAGGUGGUGAUGGUGGCGGCGGUGGUGAAUCAGAGGACGUCAAUGGUGGUGGGCCGGAUGGCAGCAACGAAGCGGACCCCGAGGGCGAGGUACUCGACGUGGAGGAAAAUAGAACCUCCGAAGACACGAAUCAGACAACUGAGUCAGAAUCUGUGGCAGUUGAUGAAGCUCCUGCUGCAGAUGUUGCAGCCGGCGCUGAUGAUGAUAAUGAUGAAAAUCAAGACGAUGCUGGUGAGAUUGAGGAAUCGGAAAACGGCCCCGAAGAAGCGGAAGAUACAGGCGAUGGAACCAAUGAUGAAGAAAAACCGCAAGGAGUUGAUCAGGAGGAAGACGAGGAACUGAAUAAGGCUGAAACGGAAGGGAAAGAUCCCGCGAACGAGAACGAGGUAAAUGAGAAUGAAGUGCCUGUAAGCGAUACGAUGGAUGAUGGAGAGAAUGAGGAGAAUGUAGAAGUAGAAGGCGAUGCAGAAAGUGUUGUAGAAGAGGAGAAAGAUGCAGUAGAUUUGAAUAACGAUGAGAAUAGCAAAGAGAAUGAAGAAAUGCAAGUUGCGGGUGAGCUUACGAAUGAUAGUUUGGAGAGUAAUCCGUCAAAGGAAAAUGAAGACUCUGAGGAAAUCGAUCAAGACAGUUUGAAUAAACCUGAGGAAGAUGUUGCUGAGCCUCCUGCGGAAGGUGACCAAAACGACACCGUAGAGAACGAUAAUGUUAGCAGAAAAUCAGUCACGUCUCGUCAAUCGUCAGCAAUGUCUCAAAUCGAAAAUGGGAGGACUUCCCGUUCAACUACUGCAACCCGUGACGUAUCAGCAAAAACAAUCGAAGCAGAUGAAAAUGGAAAUGCCAGUGAUGUGAAAAGCAGACAAUCUUCAGCACAAUCCGAAAGGAUUAGUGAAGCUAUAAUCAAUGAAGCGUCUUUAUCAAGACCGAUAAGCGGUCUGAAUGGUGUAGACAACGGAUCGACUAACAAUUCCGCUAAAUCAACAGCUUCUCGUAGAGUUUCGGCAAAAUCAACUUCAGCCGUGUCUAAUAAAACUAAAUCUGCUGCAUCGAAUCAUGACGGAAACAAUAAUGAAUUCGAUGAGGAAACAAACGGUAAUGAUACCGAACAAACCGCUUCAAGGCCUUCAACCACUGCAAGUCGCAAUGAACAAUCAAGCUCCUCUCGUACUCAGUCGAGUUCCACAGUCAGAAAUGCUUCGGCCACAUCGGUCAUAGAACGUCGCCAAUCGGCCAAAUCCGCUGCCUCACAGAAAAUCCGCGCCGCUGACGACGAAGAAGAGGAGGGUGACUCCAACGAUGACUCAAAUCAGGCCGAUGUUGAAAUCGUUCAUUACAAGAAUGGCGAUGAGGCUGGACGCGAUGAGAUCGAUCAAUCCAACGGCCAGCCCCAACCCUCCACAGCCAACGGCAAUGGCGAUGAAAAUGGGACACAAAAUAACAACGAAAACGAGGCACCCGUCGAAGAAUCGCCUGUUGAUUCUGAAACAACUGCUCAACGAAAAACGUCAGCCCAAGCUGACCCAGAUGCCGGAAAUGCCACCGAAGAAGCUUCCACCGUCAACGUCGAAAACGACGAAGAGCAGGAAAAAGUCGAAUCGCCCAGUCCGGCACUGGAAAUCAAGGGCACCGUCGAGGGCGAACCGGAUGGAGGCCAACUGCACAGCGCUCGACCAUCCGGAAACUCAGACUCCUUCAAUGGGCAAUCGAUUCAGGACACCAUCGACAGUGGCGACAUGGAACAGCUGGCGGUAAUUGUGCUGAACGGCGAGGGCGAUAAACUGCUAGGGCGGAACUCUAACCAACCGGAAAUUCAAGCAUUCCUGGACAAUGUGCCUUCCUAUAUGAACAAAAUCCGCCGAGUUCACGUUGCGGCCCGAGAGGGAAGCCUGCGGGACCUCCAGUCGGCGCUGGACCGUCGGAAGUUUGCCACCGCUAAGGAUUCCAUUUCGCCACACGGUGCCACGCCCCUGCAUGUGGCCACCAUCUUUGGACAUUCAGGCAUCGUGCGCUACCUGGCGGGUCGUUUUCCGGAAACCACCAGUGCAACGGACAACAACGGCCGAACACCGCUGCAUUAUGCCGCGACUCUGAAGGACAACGGCCAUUUCUACAACCUGCUAACCCAUCUGGGGGCGAAUCCCAAGCUGGAAGACAACUCGAACCAUUCGGCCGAAUUCUAUCUGGAUCACGAGAAGACCAAGGAUCUCCUAUCUCACCGGCAGCUAUUACAGGACUACGGUGCCGAGGAGGACCUCGCGGAUUCUAUGCUCAGCGACCAAGUGCCAGACGAUCAGCACAGUGCUCGCCGAGAGUUGGAUGACGUUGAUACGCUAACGACCCUGGAACGGUGUUUCAAAAUCAUCCACGAACCCGUAGAUGAACUAAUGAAAUCGGUUCGACUUCCAACGAACAGUGUUCCCGGUAGCGCGUCUUCGCUGAGGAUUCUUAUUACCUCGUACUUGGCAAGGUUUAUGAAGCGAAGUGUGUUUGACAAAAUCAAGAAACGCCAAACGAAGCUGGAUCAUAACUUGUUCGACGUGAUAUGGCCUGCGAUGAAGAAGGCCACCAAGGAGAAGAAAAUUGACGAAGAUCUUAACGUAGGGAUUGUGAUACCGGAUUACGACGUAUUUGUAGUGUUCCAAGAGUUUCUAGUGCCGUUGAUCAAGGACAUGCAUUGCAUGGACCUGCAGCAAGAAUUUUUCCCACAUCCACAAAUGCAAUUCUUCCCGCAAUACAUUCUAGAAGAAUCUCCGAACCAGCAUGGAGAGAGUAAUGGAAGCGUUCUUCGAGAGAACCCUAGUGAUGUUCACCUAAAUCUUGAUACCUCAGGGAAGUUCAUAACCGGAGUAGUUAUCGAAUGCGCGCGAAACCUAGACGAUUUUGAUUUUCCAUUGAACUUGAGUAUAGCACAACUAGAAAAGGCGGAACGAAUACUGACAUCGAAGAUUCUAUCGAUGACGUUUGCGGCAGCUAUCGGAGAGGAAGAACUAGGGACUUAUUACACUAUGAAUGAAAUCCUCGAGAACCCAUCGGAGAUACGAACCAUACUCGCAACGUCCGGUCUGCUGAUACCGAUGCUAGACCAUAACGAUCCGUAUCAGACUGCGGAGUCGAUUGCUCUGAAUGGAAGGUUUUGGCCUUACGGUCGUGGAGUCUACGUGAGCCAUAAGCAAGAUCUGGUAGCCUGGAUCAAUGCCCAAGAACACCUACGAGUGCUGUGCUGCACUAGUUCCAAAAAUCCAGCUGACAUUGGAAGUGCCUAUUCGAAGAUUGGUCGUGCUAUGACCUACCUUGAAGACAAGAUACUUUUCAAGCACAGUUACUUCCUCGGCUAUUUAGUUUCACGCCCAUCGUUCCUGGGUACGGGACUGAAACUGACCCUAUUCCUUGAUCUGCCGCAUCUUCGAAAAGAACGAGAAAACCUCCGGCAUCUCUGCGUAGUUCGGGGACUUCAUUUGCUCACCUCGGACGACCAGUCCACAGUUCGCAUGAGUAACAUGCGAUCGCUGUCUCAAACCGAAUGGCAGAUCUUCCAGGACUACACUGGCGCAGUUACGAACAUUGUCGCGCUGGAGAAGGAACUCUCGAUGUCGAACUCGUUGCACAUUGCUGCUACGCUGUUGAAGAUAUUUCAACUGAGCGAUCCACAAGUAGAGAUUCCCUUGUUUCGAACGGAGGAAGGCCGGUAUCUUGCAACGUCUCUCGGUGAUCCCCUAAUCAAAGGCCUUACCGAAGUGGCCAACAAACGCCCGGCGGACCCGAUCACCUAUUUGGCCACCUAUCUGUACAACUUUGCCAACCAGAACCGAACGAAAAACAGUGCCAGCAGUCAAACGAUAACCGAACCGGGUAAAAACGACUCCAACAACAACAGCAUCGAGGGAGUUGUUAAGGAAGAUUCCGAUAAGGAACUGGAAGGUUCCGCAAAUACGGUACAAAUAGCUCUGCUUGCGCAAGCUGUGUCAAACGAAGACGCAAGAGCUCCCGAAUCACCGGCGAUGGCAGAGAGACUGGAAGAUCAGGCGCCUCCAUCGCCGGAUUCCGGUGAGAGUACGCCGUUCAUGGAUAAUAGGGACGAGCAUGGACAGAGUAUGCUUCAUUUUGCUUGCGCUAGGUCUCACGGGAAAAACGCCAUCAUUCAACUUAUUGAAGAAUCCGGUACCAGCAUCACCUACCGUGACGAGUUGUACCGUACGGCGCGGGAUGUUUCGCUGCAAGCUACGCAACCGGACAAUGCCCGGGAAAUCGAUCGCUAUGUGCUGGGAUUGGCGGCCCGUGGCGAUCUGGAUGCGUUGACCGGGAUGCUGCUCGAUGGCUACGAUCAUCUGGUCGAUGUGGCCGGCACCGAUGGAACGACGAUUGUACAGGUCGCAUCGACCAGGGGCCAUCGGGAGGUGGUUCGGUUCUUGGAGGGUAUCAGGCAGCUUGAGGAAAAUCGUGAAAAGUUGCUGAGCGCCAUUCGAGAAAAGGAUCUGGUCAAAGUGAAGGAAAUAACUCAACAGCUAGAUGGAGCCAAGCUUGCGCGGACUAAGAACUAUUACGGACGUUGUUCGUUGCACGUGGCGGUAUUGAUGGAAAACGAAGAAAUUGUAGAAUAUCUGGCGACCCAUUUCAGACCAACUCUCAAAAUUGGUGACAAUCUUGAACGUACCCCACUACACUACGCAAUGGGAAUCAGCAACGUCGAAGCAAUCAGUCGAAUUCUGAUCAAGAACGGAGCAAAACGAGUCUUGAAGGAUCUGAAGGGACGCCAGCCGAGUUAUUACUUUAUGAACAAGGCGGACAUUUUGCGCUUGCAGGAAGAGGAACGAGAGUGAGCGGUUUGAACUGUGACUUUAAGGGACCACGCAGGAUAGAGUACUGUUAUGUUAAUAAGAAUGGAUCACGUUAAUUGUUGAUUGUUAGUACAAUUUGGUCAUUGGUAUAGUAAAAUAUUUUGUAAAACAAAUAGAA